AGCAGAGGCUUCCAUUAGUCUCCCCACCCCCUGGCAACGAGCAGAGGGAGAGGAGGGGGAGGUCACGUGGGUCCUGCGACACGAUCGUCGCAGGACCCGUCUACAGUUAUGCAGACACGUGUCUGCUGCUUGUGCUGCCUCUCCUCUCUUCUCCUCUGCUCCUCUCUGCAUCUGCGGCGAUUGCCGCUUCAGCAGAGGGAUCUGUUACUCUCCCCACCCCCUAGGCAACGAGCAGAGGGAGAGGAGGGGGAGGUCACGUGGGUCCUGCGAUCGUCACAGGACCCGUCUACAGUUAUGCAGACACGUGUCUGCUCCUUGUGCUGCGUCUCCUCUGCCAGUUCCAGCCAGCCUGCUGCUUCCUGCUGCAUGCACUCUGCUUUAGGCCCCCCUUUAGCUGCCCAGGACCCUGCUGGACAUCAGAACUCUAUGCUUAAGGGUAAGAGAGUAAUAGUCACAGGAGCAAGUUCAGGCAUCGGAGAGCAGAUGGCAUAUCACCUGGCCAAGAUGGGGUCUCAUAUUCUAAUCACAGCAAGGACAGAAGAGAAACUUAAGAAGGUAGUUGCGCAGUGUACACAUCUGGGAGCUGCCUCUGCCCAUUAUAUUGCUGGCAGCAUGGAUAACUUGACAUUUGCAAAGCAGGUAGUACACAAAGCUGAGAACCUAUUUGGUGGGUUAGACAUGCUUAUCUUGAAUCACAUUGGUCACACAUACUUUGGUUACUUUGAUGGCAACGUGGAUCAUGUAAGAGAUCUAUUAAAGAUCAAUUUCCUGAGUUACGCUACCAUGACAGUAGCAGCUCUUCCGAUGCUGAAAAUAAGCAAUGGGAAUAUUGUGGUUGUCUCAUCAGUUGCAGGUAAAAUUGGACUCCCUCUAACUGUGCCAUACUCUACUACCAAAUUUGCACUGGAUGGAUUUUUCAGCUCAUUGCGAAUGGAGUUUAUCCAGCAAAAGACUAAUGUUUCCAUAACACUAUGCAUCAUCAGCUAUAUAGACACAGACAGCGCCCUAAAAACUGUGUCAGGUGUAAUCCAACAACCAGCAGCUCCUAAAGAAGAGUGUGCACUGGAAAUCAUAAAAGGGGGAUUUCUCAGAAAAAGGGAGGUUUACUAUCAAUAUCAUGCCACCAAAAUCCCACUUCUUCUUAGAGACUGGGCACCAGAAAUAUUACAGUCUCUUCUUCUUAUGAAUUAUAACAUGGACAAUUUUCAGAGGAAAGAAGUUUAGAUCAGGCACAAAAAAGAUAACACACACACACUCAAAAAUGGAAAUAUCUGCUAGGACUAGCACACCAUGAUUGACUUAACAUGACGUUUUAAAAAUAUCACAGAAGUGAUAAGCAAACACUAUGGGGCUGAUUCAAUAAAAUAGCUAAUAAAUAGGGAUGAGUGAAUUGUUUUGCCAAGUUUCGCCGCUAAAAUGAAGCCCAUAGAUUAUAAUGGGUGAAAAAAAUUGUCGUGCGUCAAGAAUUUGUCACGCAAUUUGUCCGCUCCAAAAAAAUUGUUGCCCUUAAACUUCAAUGCAUUUUGGCAAAUUUUCUUGUUUUCCGAAUUUUUACCGAAACUGGUCAGAUUUGCCCAUCACUUGUAAUAAACUGCACAAGAGCAGUUAUCCACACCAACCAUUUAGAUCUCUGCUUCCAACUUGUACUAGACUGUUCAAAUUAAUGGUUGCUAGUUGCACUUUUGUAAUUUUGCACCUGUUUUAGAAAAUGAGCAAAUGUAUGCUAAUGGGCACAAAGAUAACAACCAUGAAAGUGCAGUUUACUUGGUGCUUACAUCCUGUGCUUUGAUCAACUAGCUGCAAAUUGCCCCAUGGAGCUGGUUGUGGAAUGGCAUGCUGUAAAGAACAUGCAAAAGUAUAUCAUGGGCAGUCCCAUGGGCAAAGUGUUUGCUCCUGGCAGCUGCAGAACCAGUACAGUGAAACUGAGGCACUGUGAGUAAAAGCCAUAGAGCAAUGCACAUUUUUUAUGAACUUUUUUUCACUCUUUAGGGCUAGUCCACACGGGGAGAUAGCGACGCGUUUGCGGU